AAACACUGGAAUAAGAAGGGCUGGUGACUCAGCAGACUACAAAGGAACUGAGGAUCAGACUCUGAUAGCCCAGAGUUAAAAGCUCUUAGGAGUUCUUGAGAACUCUGCUGGGACAAACAGGAAGGUCCAAGGGCUCAGCCUUGCAAGUCCCAUCAUGAUAUCACAAGUAAUGACCAACGAGGCUGUUACAGUGAUUACAUCAAAUGGAACCAACUUUCCCCAAACAAGCAAACCUCAACCUACCCACCAGAGUCCAGAUAGCCUGAAGAAAUCUCUAAAGGCGGAGAUCAAAGUGAUGACGAUCCAGAUCUUCUGUGGUGUGAUGGUGCUGAGUCUGGGGAUCAUUCUGGCAUCUGUUCCCACCUCCCCACAUUUUACUCCAGUCUUUUCCCUCCUGGUAAAAUCUGGCUACCCGUUUGUAGGAGCCUUGUGUUUUGUCAUCUCUGGGAUUCUAUCAGUCAUCACAGAACAAAAUACGAUUAAGCCUUUGGUUCACAGCAGCCUGGCCAUGAGCAUUCUGAGUGUUCCUUUUGCCCUCGUGGGCAUCGUUAUUCUGUCUAUCAACAUGGCUGCUUUGGAUCCAGCCUUGCAGCAGUGCGAGCUGAGCGUAGAAUCUAAACCAACCCUAGAUUACAGCUAUUUCCAUCACCCUGAGCCACCUAGCAGGAGCUGCCAUACUGCCAAUGCUGCCCUGAUGGGAUCCAUGUCUGUGAUGCUGAUCUGCAGUGUGCUGGAGCUCAGCCUGGCUGUGCUCACUGCUGUGUUGUGGUGGAAGCAGGCCCACUCUGACUUCCCUGGGAAUGUGAUUUUCCUGUCUCAGAACUCAAAGAAUAAAUCUGACAUUUCUACAGAGUCACUCUGUAACCCUGCAUAUGAGCAGCUAUUAACGUCUUAAUAAAAGUGGAAAAUAUACAGCAGAAAGUGGGCCUUUAAGACAAUGUAGAAAAUCCAUCCAUCACAAGGCAGUGACUCUUAAAUUUCCUAAAUGCAGGUUGUUUAUAAAGUGAAUAUUAAAAAGGUGUUGAGCAGGUAUGUUCGGUGGCAUUCUCUUGAUCUGCAUGACCUUGACUUCAGCCAAGACUCAUAUCUGCAAAUUCUCACUUCUCGGGGAGGCCAUCGAGUCCCCAGUACUUCUCAGAAAACUGGUGGAAUAUUUCAGGGGAUCAUGGUAGAGCAAACAACAUUUCCUUAUCCCCUGCAAUGGGUAGCAGGAGUGACCCGAUGAGUUCCUGUGUCCCGAAUCUCCACAGGUGAUGUGGACUUGGACCCUAUCUGUCUUACU